AUGUCGGCCAUGAUGGCUGGAAGGCGAAAGUACAAAUCUGGGGCACAAAAGAGAGCCGAAAAAAAGAAGAAAACGGAGAGUUCUUUAUCAAAUACAAGUUGCAUAUCAACAUUUCUUCAAAUGAAAGAUAAUGUCGACAAUAAUGAAGAACCCACGUCUACUAGCAGUAGCAGUAGCAUCGCUGAAGUCAAAGACGAUUCCUUUUUUGACAACGCCGAAAAAGAUUUAAAUUCCUCUAUUUGCCCUGAGUCCAAUCAUAGUGUUACUGGUGACAAGGACGAAAACUUCACUCCCUUGAAACUUUCCAGUUCUACUUCAGAAGAAAAGUUGGAUAAAAAUAAAGAUCUGGUGUUUGAUACGACAAGAAAGUUCCCAACCGACCGUGGUCAUUUUAAGGAAAACAUAACAGAUUGUGAUUUUAAAAUACUGGCUAUGCAUUACUAA